CACGUGACCACGCCCCUUCCUUCACAUCCAAUCCCAACAUGGAGCCCAUCAAGGUCCAGUCAGAAGGUGGACUGAAUGUGACCCUCACCAUCAGGCUGCUGAUGCACGGCAAGGAGGUUGGGAGCAUCAUAGGAAAGAAAGGAGAAACAGUGAAGAAAAUGCGCGAAGAUAGUGGUGCCCGCAUCAACAUCUCAGAGGGGAACUGCCCUGAAAGGAUAGUCACCAUCACCGGGCCAACAGAUGCUAUUUUCAAGGCCUUUGCCAUGAUAGCCUACAAGUUCGAGGAGGAUAUCAUCAACUCUAUGAGCAACAGUCCAGCCACCAGUAAACCACCUGUAACCCUGAGGCUCGUUGUCCCGGCCAGCCAGUGUGGCUCUCUUAUUGGCAAGGGAGGCUCUAAAAUCAAAGAAAUGAGAGAGUCCACAGGAGCUCAGGUCCAGGUUGCAGGUGACAUGCUCCCCAACUCCACCGAGAGAGCAGUGACCAUUUCAGGGGCCCCAGAAGCCAUCAUCCAGUGUGUCAAACAGAUAUGUGUGGUGAUGCUUGAGUCCCCACCGAAAGGUGCCACCAUCCCCUACCGCCCCAAGCCUGCCUCCACCCCUGUCAUUUUUUCAGGUGGCCAGGCUUAUACCAUUCAAGGACAGUACGCCAUCCCACAUCCAGAUCAGUUGAGCAAGCUCCACCAGUUGGCUAUGCAGCAAACCCCCUUUACCCCCCUCGGACAGACCACCCCUGCCUUCCCCGCAGCAGGUCUGGAUGCCAGUAACCAGGCCAGUACUCAUGAACUCACCAUUCCCAAUGAUCUAAUAGGCUGCAUAAUCGGACGCCAGGGAACCAAAAUCAACGAGAUUCGUCAGAUGUCUGGGGCACAGAUCAAAAUUGCUAAUGCCAUGGAAGGGUCAUCGGAGCGCCAGAUCACCAUCACAGGGACCCCCGCCAACAUCAGCCUGGCCCAGUACCUCAUCAAUGCAAGGUUUAGAGACGUGGCGGCCAUGUGGAAUGACCCAUCUUCCAUGACCACAUCCUGAGAUCCCUGACUGACUCCUCCGUUUGGCCCUUUCCAAUGACUGACUACCGCAGACAAUCCUGAUGAAGCCCUUCGGACUCUGGCUCUGGCUCUCCGAAAACCCUGACCGCCUUCCCGCUCUGAUUCAAAGUUGUUUAUACAUCAGGGAGGGUUGGGUGCUCAUUUUGAUUUCAGAGAGCCAAAUUAAAUUAACAAAAAAGAAAAAAAGAAAUACAAAAAAGAAAUUCUCUGUUGAUUAGGUUUUUUAGAGAACUGUUGAAGCAUGUUGAAUGUUUACUAGGAACAACUUGUGUUAAUCUUUCUCUUCUUUUUCUCUCUAUCUAUUGCUUUCUCUUUCUCUCUGUCAGUGCUGCGUCAUAGAACAUCAUUUAAAAGUAUACACUUGUAAAAGAUUGAGAAUUUUUGUAGAACAUAGUUAUCUGCAUAUUACAGCUGCGCAGUGAUGCUAUCGGCAGAGUGUGUGGUGGGAUGUAGCCAAAUUAUCAAAUUUUGAUAAUAUAUUUCAAAAACAAAAAAAAAUUGGACUGUUCUGCUUUUGUCCUAAUUUGCAUCUUUGUCUACUUACAAAUCCAAUCUCUACCCAUGACUCUUUGCUGCAUCACAUGACCCUUUUAAGCCAAUGGUAUCACUCCUAGAGCCUCCCUUCUCAUGUUAAUUUCCUAUAUUUACAUUAUUGCUUAUAUUGCAUGUGUUCAAUGUCGUAUCGUUGUGUAUUUGAGUAAACCUGUUCAGUGUAGGUGUUCCUCAAAUGUUAUAAUUAUAUCUUUGUGCUUCCUUUCUUUUCCGCAAACUUUUUCAGCAUUUUUGGCCAUUCACGUCUAGUCCUACUCCCUGCCCAAAUGAAAAACUUUCCAAC